AUGGUCCAUAAAGAGUGUCUCGACUUGCCACGUGUCAUAAGGAUCUCCCGCCACGAACACCGCAUCUCGUGGGCUCCUUCUCUUCCUCUUGCGACGGAGCAAUGGGUUUGCCGGAGUUGUCAUAUAGGGGUCGACGGCAGGUACAGAGCCUUUUCCAGCACUAAGGAUUGUGGCUAUGUUGCCCAUUCGUUAUGUGCAACGAGUAAAGAUGUGUGGGACCGGGAAGAACUCGAGGGUGUACCCGAAGAAGAGUUGGAAGAUAUCGAGCCCUUCGAGGUCAUAGGGGAAGGACUGAUACGCCAUUUCAGCCAUGACCAUCACCAUCUCAGAUCCUUCACUACUGCUGAAGAACGCCUGAUUGCUUGGGACGCAAUCAAUCGAUGUCAGGCUUGUCUGCUUCCAAUCUGUUCCAGCGAUUGCGGGUUCUAUCUCCACGAAGAAUGCGCCAACCUUCCUCGGAAAAAAAGGUACGUGUGCCACAAGGAAAGUUUCACUCGAGAUCACGUCGAUUUACGUCUGCCCUCGACUUUUGAGGACGCUUUUCCUCAUUUCAUAAUGGACGUACGUUGCGCUCCGAUCUUCGAGCCCUUGAAUCACAAGGGUCAUGACCAUCCAUUGUUCUUUAAUUCCCGACAAGGGUACAACGCAAUCACAUGUGGAGCAUGCAGAAAGAAACCGUAUUUCGUCCUCAAGUGCUUUUUCCGUUGGGACACUGAAGAAUGCGGCUUCCAUCUGUGUUACAAAUGCGCAACUCUACCGGAUACCGCGAGGUACAAGUUUGACAGACAUCUACUCACCCUUUGUUGUGGAGAAGAAGCGAGUGGUGCGAAAUCUGUGAGGCGGAGAUGGAUCCGACAUCAUGGUUCUACACAUAAGAGGAGUGCGUUCAUGCAGAUUGUGUAUUGGGAAGCUACCCGUAUGCCAAGACAGGUCGAUGCGUUAAAACUUAUUAUGAUGAGGAGUUUGAUAUUGUCGCCAACAGCGUGA